CAAACUAUUUCUCUCUCGCUCGCUUGCUUCUUUACUCACUCACCCUCCUAACCCCCCUUUUUUCCUCCAAUUCCCCUGUUUUUUAUUCGAAUGGUUUCUGAUAAUAUAAACAUCCAACCUGGAGCGACUUCUGAGCUUUGUUUCCAGUUGGUCCGUCCACCAACAAAAACAAGUCGCACAAAUGAUAAUCAACGCAACAAUAACGAGCAGUCAUCUUGUAUGGGCAUCAUUUCAUCGUUUCCCAUCAUACACGAAACACCUAAGCGUGGAAGCAACGGUAAAAAGCUACACAGCACCGAUUCAAAUUCCACCGGAGUGCAGCAGCACCAGCAACACCCGCCACAACAGCGUGCAAAGUCCUCGGAACUUCGGUUCAAGAUCGAAUCGGUUGGUACACAGCUCGAGGAAGACGAUGACCUGGAGAUGUGUCCUGCCCGAACACGAGUGGGUUGGCCAACUCAGAUUAUUCCUUGGUGGAAACCAAAUCAUCCUUGCGAGAAGCCGCCCUACUCGUAUGCCACGCUCAUUGCACACGCUAUUCUAACAAGCAAAGAUGGUCGCCUGACUUUGAGUGACAUUUACAAGUGGAUCUCGGAGAACUAUCCUCAUUAUGUGCUGGGACAGCAAGGCUGGCAGAAUUCCAUUCGCCAUAAUCUAUCAUUGAACAAGAAGUGGUUUUUCAAACUCGACCGCCGUCCUACGCAAGCCAAUCCUGGCAAAGGCUGCUACUGGACGCUAGUGAUUGGAACCGAACAGAUCUUCAUUGACAAUCUGACUCAGGCUGGUGGUCAUAGUCGCAAACAUCACGACAUCGGAUUGACAGCGGAACUGUCGAUGGGACAUCGACGAGGAUCAUGUUACUAUGGUCCUACUUCCGUCGCUCCUGCCACGGACGUACUUGGUUCCACCGCAUUAAGUCAUGACAAUAUGCUGAUCACGCGUCCGGAAGAUUACGAAUCACCGAAAAAGACUCCGGCUUCCAAGGAACCCGCCAAGAUGUCUCCCUUGUAUACCACCUUUCGCAUGAACGAUCAAGCGGACGACAAAAAGCGCGAAAAUGGAUCUCUUCACAAAAAGCGCAUCAACAAACGAAGAAAGCAGCAAAAGAAGCGCCGGGAGCCGGGAUCGUAUGCCGAAUCCGAAUACGACUCAGGUGUCGAUGUCAGCAGCAAAUAUGUGCCUCAUCACAAGAAGGAUAAGCAACAGCAGCAGCAGCAGCAACCAUCGCCAUCUACGACAACCACUACCACGACUGUUCCCACGACAGCAACCACAGAUUUGCCAUGGCAGCAAGAUCUGUUGGAUCUGACGUUGGAUGUCACUCGCCCCUUGUCUCAGCUCAAUCUUGGUGAUGAUGCCAAUGCCUUCAUGUCAUAUAUUCCUGAUGACAGCAGCAACACGUCAUGGAUGCAGCCUUGGUUCACUACUGAUCCCGCUUCCACCACCGCUAUAGGCGCCCCCGCCCCCGCCAUGGCUUCUCAGCAGCCCUUAUACAACAAUGCAGUGCUUGAUCAUACGCAGUGGAACGUGGAACAGCAGCAAUCUGCUUGGGACGACACAUUGCUCCAGCUGCAGAACACUGAAGACUUCUUUACACCCAACAUGACUCCGUCCACUUCUUAUCCGACUCUGCUUGCAUCGCGAUAUGAUCCGGCCGACGAGCCGCGAAAAGACUGCAUCGAUGAACCGCAGUGCUCCUACGUCGCGGAUAUGACCAGAAUUGAAGAAAGUCUCAAAGAACUAGUAGCCAUCCAGCAGCAACAGCAACAGCAACAGCAGCCACAACCACCACAACAUCAGCAGCCACCGGAUGUCGCUACUGUUGCUCCUUCUGCUGUUAUUCUUGAGCAAGAAGAAUCCAAGUUAUUGCACCAGCCACUCGUUAUCAACUUGGACGACGAAGUGACCACGCAAUACCUGCAUUUCGAAGAAGAAGAAGACGAUGGUGAUGCCGAUGAUGAAACUGACGGCGAUGACGACGAUGCUGUAGAAGUCCAGCAACAACAGCCAACACAUGGCUAUGGAACGGUUUCUGACUGUGAUAAUAAUAUUAAUCUGCUAUACCCUGGGAGCGUAGAGGAUGCGCCUAGCUCGAUUCUCGACCACCAUGAAUUUGUAUCUAUGUCUCAAUUAUUGUACUCAUAAAGUUUCUUCUUGAUCUUCUUCUUCUUCUUCAUCUGUAUACCUUGUCCAUGUCAUGUCUAAUACAUACCCUUCUUUUACACUUUCACAAUGAAUAAAACAUUGCUUUUGCUGC